CCCGCCAUCCAUUUGCCAUUUACCAUUUCAUACUAACUCUUCAAUAUCUUUGAAGCUUCUGGUUCUUUUCUUCUCCAUUUAUCUUUCUUAUUUCCCACCGCUUCCCAAAUUCACAUCUCUCCGAUCUUCAUCUCCGAUUAUCAAUCUAUGGCCAGAGGAGUUUCUCAAUCCCAAUCCACAUCCUCCUCUACCUCUAGACCCGGCGUCGUCGCUCCUCGUGGCUCCGCGGCUGCGACAGCUGGUCUCCGCCGCCGCCGUCCCGGCUCCACUUCUGCCGCCGCCUCUACUGGACUCGUAGGCGGCGGAUCAAGCGGCGGCGGAAACAUGCUGAGAUUCUACACCGACGAUGCUCCAGGCUUGAAGAUUUCUCCCACCGUUGUCCUCGUCAUGAGCCUCUGCUUCAUCGGCUUCGUCACCGGCCUCCACGUCUUUGGUAAGCUCUAUCGCGCGCGAUCCGCCGCUGGAGUUUAAUCCUAUGUCCAUUUCGUAUAACGUGCUAUUUUCCUUCCCGAUCUCUUCGUUCCCUAGAUGAAAUGAAAUGUUCAAGUUUCUACUGACCUGAUGCGCCUUUUGCUCUGUAAAUUUCACAAUCGUUGUAGUCUCUCGAGGUUUCAAUUCUAUCAGCUGUGGACGGAACGAGAUCGUUCUUUUGCUGAUAUUUUCUCUUUAGGUCAAUCUUAGUUCGUGUGAAUGAUGCAGAUUGCCGGGUAUUUUAUUUAUAUGGGGCUUAUUCUCACUGAAAAUUGUACUUUUAUAUGGUAUGAAGAUUAGCUGUUUCUUCUAUAUUUUAUUUUAGAUGAGUUAGUGGGGGUUCAAUAUAUGGGCUCUUCUUUAUUAGCAAUUGCGCAUCAAUUGUACGUUUUCUGAUGCUUGAUUUUGUUGUUGACAAUCUUUUCUACUUACAAUUAAAGUUGAGAAGAGAGAAUCAGGCUCCAUUACUCAAA